GUAUACAUGUUCCUGGUUAAGUGGCAGGACCUGUCGGAGAAGGUGGUCUACAGGAAGUUCACCGAGAUCUACGAGUUCCAUAAAAUGCUGAAGGAGAUGUUCCCCAUUGAGGCAGGAGAGAUCCACUCGGAGAACAGAGUCAUCCCACACCUCCCGGCACCCAGGUGGUUUGAUGGGCAGCGUGCAGCUGAGAGCCGCCAGGGCACGCUCACUGAGUACUUCAACGCCCUCAUGGGACUUCCAGUGAAGAUCUCCCGCUGCCCACACCUGCUGGACUUCUUCAAAGUUCGGCCUGAUGACCUGAAGCUGCCCACUGACAGCCAGGUGAAGAAGCCGGAGACGUAUCUGAUGCCCAAAGAUGGCAAGAGUAACAUAACUGACAUCACAGGCCCCAUCGUCCUUCAGACCUAUCGUGCCAUUGCUGACUAUGAGAAGAGCUCAGGCACAGAGAUGACUGUAGCGACCGGGGACGUGGUGGACGUCGUGGAGAAGAGCGAGAGCGGCUGGUGGUUUUGCCAGAUGAAGACAAAGCGAGGCUGGGUCCCUGCAUCCUACUUGGAGCCCCUUGACAGUCCCGACGAGGCAGAGGACCCGGACCCCAACUAUGAAGGUGAGCCCUACAUAACCAUCAAAGCCUACACGGCUGUGGAAGAGGAUGAGGUGUCCCUGUCUGAGGGUGAAGCCAUCGAGGUCAUUCAUAAGCUCCUGGACGGCUGGUGGGUGGUCAGGAAAGGGGAUGCCACCGGUUACUUCCCAUCCAUGUAUCUGCAGAAGGCUGGGGAGGAGAUAACCCAGGCCCAGCGGCAGAUUAGAGGCCGAGGGGCGCCACCGCGCAGGUCGACCAUCCGCAACGCGCAGAGCAUCCACCAGCGUUCUCGGAAGCGCCUCAGCCAGGACACCUACCGCCGCAACAGCGUCCGGUUCCUGCAGCAGCGGCGACGUCCUGCGCGACCCGGGCCGCAGAGCGCGGAGAGCGCGGACAACGGUCGGUCGCCUCAGCGCGCCAAGCCGCAGCCCGCCGUGCCCCCGAGACCCAGCGCGGACCUCAUCCUGCACCGCUGCACGGAGAGCACCAAGCGGAAGCUGGCGUCCGCCGUGUAAGGAGGGCCUGGGCCACAGAGAGCGUCCCAUCCAAAUCCCUGUAUAUACCUGUAUAUAGCCUGCGCUCAGAGGCUCUCCCUUGCCUUAAUAAAUGUUGCUGGGAUGGACUGUGACUCUGCAGCAAAGGACAGGGCUGGGUUCCUCCCCAGGGAUACCGAGAGGAUGAAAGGCAGUGAGCUCUGCUAGAGGAGUUUGCAAGGACAGGAAAAAAGGUCUGACGGCACGUUGCCGCAGUUUCCACCAAAGACGAUAGGAACGUCCUAGGGCAGCGGUUCUCAACCUGUGAUUCGUGCCCCGGGGGUCUCCUAAGACCAUUGGAAGCCACAGGUAUUUAACAUUAAGAUUCAUAACCAUAGCAAAAUUAGUUAUGAAGUAGCAGUUAAAAAAAUUUAUGGUUGGGGAGCACCACGACAAGAGGAACUAACUGUAUUAAGGGGCUGCAGAGAUGGCUCAGGGGCCAAGAGCACUGGCUGCCCUUCCACAGGUCCUGAGUUCAAUUCCUAGCACCCACAUGGUGGCGCCCAACCAUCUAUAAUGAGAUCUGGUGCCCUCUGCUGGCAAGCAGGCGUACAUGCAGACAGAACACUGUAUACAUAAUAAAUAAAUCUUAAAAGGGUCGCAGCAUUAGGAAGGUUGAGAAGCACUGUCCUAGGGGCUCAAUACUGCCCGGUUGACAGUAUUUGACUAGCAUGCAGGAGGGCCUGGCUUCCAUCCCCAACAUCCGAUAAGUGGAUGUGCUGGUGCUUCAGCCUCUGGGAGACAGAGGCGCAUGUCUGUGAUUUCAGAGCAAGAGCUAAGAAAGCUGCUGUUAGGUUCAAGGUUGGCCUGGACCAUGUGGUGAGUUUGAGAUCACAUUUGACUACAGUGUGAGACCCUGUUUUAAACCACCCCACCCCAAAGCAUAAUCUUGGUAUAGGGGAACGUGGUGGGUUGUGAUGAAAAGCAGCUGUCAUUAGUGGGCAGUGCCUGCCACCUUCAUGUCCCUAAGACCUUGCUGGUAACUCCAUUCCCAAAUGCAAAGAAAGAAACUGUGCUGGUUGGUUUAUGUCAACUUGACAGAAGCUAGAGUUAUCUGAAGGGAGGGAACCUCAAUUGAGAAAAUGCCUCCAUGAGGCUGGAGAGAUGACUCAGUGGUUAAAAGCACUGGCUGCUUUUCCAGAGGACCUGGGUUCAAUUUCCAGCACCCACAUGGCAGGGUGUCA